AAAAGGGAUCAUUUUCCCCCUCCUCCCAUCCAUCAAUUCUUCACAACACAACCACAAGGUCUUUUACAUUUAUUCUAUUCGUUCCUCAUUCUCAACUCGACGUUAGUUGGCAAAGUAAGUUUACAUCUCAUUUUCUUCCAUUCCGUGUAUGAUAUAUCAUCUACCUGGGCCCUUGGUUACUUCUUACCUUUCUAGGUAUUAACCGUAAUACCUCUUGUGCUUGUACUCCGUAUUGAUUCUCAGCUCAAAACAUUGGCAUUCUUGGGUUGUUUUAUCAUUGACCGUGUCUUCAUCCAAGGAACACGCUUGGAGGGAACACAAAGCUACACCAAACUCCUCCCUUUCCCUUUCCCUUUCCCUUUCCCUUUCCCUUUCCCUUUCCCGCAGAUCUCAAUCACUCUAAACUUUCUUGUUUGUACCUUUCCAGUCUUUCAAGGCAACUGUUGGCCUUAAUUUUAAUUUGAUUGCUCACAUUUCAAACUGACGAAUUAAAAAGGCCCUUUGCAGUUGUACCAACCCCACCAAAAGGAAUCUUACCUACAAAACCUUCAACCUUUCCUCCCUCCCUCCCAUAACUUGGAACAAUGGCCACUGCAAUGGAUCACUUAAGUACUGGAACGUCCAAGGUUUCUUGGUUGGCGAACCUCAACACUGAGUUCAAGCCUACCAAGAACUAUCGCCGUACUUCAAUUAUUUGCACUAUUGGUCCUAAGACCAAUUCUGUUGAGGCUCUCAACAAGCUCCGUAUCGCUGGUCUCAAUGUCGUCCGCAUGAACUUUUCCCAUGGUUCAUACGAAUACCAUCAAUCCGUUAUUGACAACACUCGUGAAGCUGAGAGAGUCCAAGCUGGUCGUCAACUCGCUAUCGCUUUAGAUACAAAGGGUCCAGAAAUUAGAACUGGUAGCACAGUUGGCUAUGCUGAUAUCCCUAUCUCUAUUGGAUCAGAGAUCAACAUUACCACCGAUGACAAGUAUGCUACUGCUUGUGAUGACAAGAACAUGUACGUAUAAGCCUCCAACACUUUACAGGCGCCUUAGUUCCCAUCGCUAAUCUACUACGCCAUCUCUCAGGUACCUCGAUUACAAGAAUAUUACCAAGGUUAUCGAGCCAGGACGUAUCAUCUACGUUGAUGAUGGUGUACUCGCAUUCGAUGUUUUGGAGAUUGUUGAUGACAAGACCAUUCGUUGCCGCGCAAGAAACAAUGGAAAGAUCUCUUCCAACAAGGGUGUCAACCUCCCAAACACUGAUGUCGAUCUUCCUGCUUUGUCCGAGAAAGAUCAAGCCGAUUUGAGAUUUGGUGUCAAGAACAAUGUUGACAUGGUCUUCGCCUCAUUCAUCCGUCGUGGUGAGGAUAUCACGGCCAUCCGUAAAGUUCUCGGUGAAGAUGGAAAGCACAUCCAAAUCAUUGCCAAGAUUGAGAACAGACAAGGUCUUAACAACUUCGCUGAGAUCUUGAAGGAGACCGAUGGUGUCAUGGUUGCUCGUGGUGACUUGGGUAUUGAGAUCCCAGCUGCUGAGGUUUUCGCUGCUCAAAAGAAGAUGAUUGCUAUGUGCAACAUGGCCGGAAAACCAGUCAUCUGUGCUACUCAAAUGCUCGAAUCUAUGAUUCUCAACCCAAGACCAACUCGUGCUGAGAUCAGUGAUGUUGGUAACGCUGUCACCGAUGGUGCUGACUGUGUUAUGUUGUCUGGAGAGACUGCCAAGGGAAACUAUCCUAAUGAGGCCGUUAACGAGAUGCACGAAUGUUGCUUGAGCGCCGAGAACUCUAUCGCAUAUGUCUCUCACUUCGAGGAACUUUGCAAACUUGCCGAAAGACCAGUCAGCGUUGUUGAAUCAUGCGCCAUGUCUGCCGUCCGUGCCAGUUUGGAUAUCAACGCAGGCGCCAUCAUUGUCUUGUCCACCAGUGGAGAGAGCGCACGUCUUCUCUCCAAGUACAGACCAGUCUGCCCUAUCUUCAUGGUAACCCGAAAUGCCAGCGCAUCCAGAUACGGUCACUUGUACCGUGGUGUCUAUCCUUUCCACUUUGCUGAGGAGAAGCCAGACUUUUCCAAGGUCAACUGGCAAGAGGAUGUUGACAGAAGAAUCAAGUGGGGUAUUGCUGAGGCUAUGAAGCUUAAGGUUUUGGCUCAGGGUGAGAGCGUCGUCGUUGUUCAAGGAUGGAAGGGUGGUAUGGGUAACACCAACACGUAAGUUUUAAUCAUUGUAAUUCGGUCCUCAACUUUACUAACGCAUCUAUUUCUAGUCUCCGUGUUAUCAAGGCUGAGCCAGAGAACCUUGGUUUGGGACAACUUUAAAGAGUUAUGGACGAAGAUAAGAUAUUACUAUCAUGAAUCUUGGUUCAACUCUUAAAAACUAUCCACCCUAACCUUGCAUUGAACCAAGCUUCCAUGCUACUGUACAGCCUCUCGAGUUUGUACCACUAUUGGUUUUAUCAUUCUUUCAUGCUUCUAACGGUUAUGAUAAUGAAACCAAGCAAACCAGAAGGUCACGGAUUGGGUGCAAUAGUACAGAAUGUACUGCCUUGUUAAUAGAAGAAUACCAAAUGCUUUACGC